AUGCCUCGAAAUGGAUCUGAUAUACGAAGACGAACCAUGCAACGAAAACGGAUAAUGCACUUUGGAACAUGGAACGUACAAGGUAUCUCCAGAAAAAUGGACGAAGUACUAUAUGAGAUAAAUAAAUUAGAAAUUGACCUAGCAGUAUUAACUGAAAUCAAGAAAAAAAGUCAAGGAUCAGAGAACUUAGGAAUGUAUGAUUACUUUUAUAGCGGUGUUCCAAAAGAAAAGAGAGCGGGCCAGGGAGUGGCUAUUUUGAUACAUCGGAAACAUAGAAAAUACAUUACAACCUGGGAAGGAAUCAGCGAAAGAAUUAUUAAGAUUAAUAUGAAUAUUCGAGGAUAUAGAUUAACAAUCAUUGGAGUAUACGCAGUAAAUGAUGAUUCACCAACAGCUUCAAAAGAUACAUUCUUCCAACAGUUGAAUGAUGAGAUUAUAAAAACCGGAAAAACGAGAGAAAUAUUUUUGUUGGGGGACUUAAAUAGCCGCACCGGAAAAAGUGAUAAUGAUGUUACUAUAGGAAAAUAUGGAGAAGAGACGCUCAAUAACAAUGGAGAAAGACUAAUUGACAUGUGCAAACAGAAUAACUUAAGAAUUCUCAAUGGAUUUUAUCAACAUCGUAACAUACACAAAUAUACGUGGACACAAGACACAAAAAAAAUAAGAUCUAUCAUAGAUUACGUAAUUACUAAACAAAAAACAAAAAUACAGAUUCAAGACGUAAGGGUAUAUAGAGGGGCGAUAUGCGGUAGCGACCACCACCUCCUAAAAGCGAAAAUAUUUCUACCAUAUAAACGAGAAAAAAUAGAAUAUAAAGAAAUAGAAAAUGUAACGAAAGAAAUUGAAGAGAGAAGGUACAACUUAACAGCGCUCGAGGACCCAGCGUGCAAAUGUUAUACAGAAAAAGAUUAG